AUUAAAUAGAAAAUUUAUGGUUGAAAACAAACAGUAUCUGCUGAUUGUAGUGUCAGUUCAAGCCGGUCGUUUUUUCCCCAAGAGAAAUCGUUGGAAGCUAUGUGUAGAGGCAAAGUUUGACGGGGAACACCUUUCCACGGACCCUGUGGAUCAUGUAGACACUCCAGAGAUUGGCACUGAACUUGCGUGGGAAAUUGAUAAGAAGUCAUUCCGGCAGCAUCGACUAAACCGGACUCCAAUAAAGUUGCAAGUUUUUGCAGUAGAUGUAAGCUCACAGCAAAAGGAAUUCAUUGGCUUGGUCAUGAUUGAUCUGAAGAAGGCUGACCAGAAACCUAUGCAAUCGCAAUGGUACCCUCUUCUCAACUGCUCAUACUCUAAUUCGAGGCCUGAAAUAAAAGUGGGCAUCAUGCUAGAGAAUGAGAAAGUAACACAGGCGAACACGAAACCAGAGAAGCCUGCAGUGCAGCUGCGAUCACCGACAGAGCAAGAUGCAAAUGCUGCUCGGAAACUAGUCGGCGAUAGUCCUACAAUUUCAACCGACAGAGAUUUCUCAUCAAAACAUACGCUACAACACGAGCAACAGAGUGAUCGUCUGCCGCAAGCUCCACCAUUUGUUAUGCCAGGAUCACAAACGAAUAAUCAUCCUAACCUGCUAAAUCCCGAACUGUGUCAGAUGAUACACACAUUAGUGGGGUCAUCUUCUCACAAUAAUAGAGGGGAAACUAAGCCGAUGGGUGGACGAGGAGAGCAGGGUUUGAACAAUGAACAGCAGCAGCAAACAGAGAUAGAAGGCGACUGUGUUGGUAGACAUGUGCAGAUAGAAGACACUGAUGACUUGAGGGCCACUAGCGAGUACCAAGUGGCACUGGAGUUGCAGCUGUGGAAAGAGCAGCAACAGCAGCUGUUUCUAAAUCAGAUGAAGGUGAAGGAGAGUGAGAGGAUGAAGGCGUUGUGUGAGGAGUGGAAGCGGAGAGACAUGGAGAGGGAGUUGGUGUUGAAGCAGAAGAUGGCAGACACAGCAGAGAUGGAGCACAAACUGCACACAGCCAUAGCUCACAUUGAGAAGAGGGAGAAACUACUCACUAAAAAUGAGGCACAGUUGGAACAGCAGAAGGUGGAGUUGACACGGGAGUGUGAGAAGAAGAACUCUGAGAUGAGUGACGCAUGUGCCAGGAUGGAGAAGGACUGUCUCCACAAGAUAGAACUGGAGAAGGAGAAGCGUAAGUUUGUGGAGGAGGAGUUGGCCAAAGUGAAGAGUGAGUUGUUAGGGGCGGAGAGGAGAGUGCGGGAGAAGGAGAGUGAGUUCGAACACUUCAGACAGCAGCUGGAUCUCAAGCCAGAAGUCAGGCUUCAAGCACAGAUCAACGUCCUCACCUUAGAGAAGGUGGAACUGGAGCGGAAAGUGGAAGCGCUGUCCUCUAGCAAGACCCAUUACAAGCAAGAGUGGGGCAGAGCACUGAAGGAGUUGUUCAAGUUGAAGCAGACUAUCCAGACCCAACAGGAGGCGGAGUUGCGGAAGGAGAAGCAGCAGCUGGAACACAUGCGACUGGUCCACAUGGCGGCCGAGGAGAGGAAGUUGGCCAGCAAGGAGAAGGACGAGAUUGAGGAGCUCAAGCUGGAAAUCACAAAAUUGAAAGACAUGCAAUCUAGUGGCAAGUCAGGCAAAGGAGGUCAAAUGAACUCAGCAGGCGACGGUGCACCUGACUUUUUCAACCAAUCAAAUGACGAGUUGGAGAGCCACGUGACCAGACUGAUAGAGGAGCGAGACACUCUGUUGCGAACAGGAGUGUACAACUCAUCCGACAAAAUCAUAGCCGACUUAGACAAACAGAUUCGUGAUGCCAUUGCUGCUAAAGUGUCAUGAUCAGAACAACCUCAACUCCAAAACUCUGGUCGAAACAGUUUCUGGAAACAAUGCCUUAUAAAGGAAUCCAAAACCAAGAAUUGAAUUCUUCUGGGAAUAUUUGAGAGGAUUGGCUUUGAAGUUUGGAGUCUUCUAGUUGUGUAUUAUAUGUACAGUCUUGCAAACUAACUCCUUGUUCUUGCCUUUCGAAGCUUUCCCUAAACUAACAACUCUUAGCUUUCUUGAAAGUUAACACCUCUAGUGCCUCACAGAACCUAAUUGAGUGAAGUUUACCAAAGGUAGACUCUUAUUUUACUAGUUUUGCUCCAAUGUUUUGCUCCGGUCUCUCUCUAGUGUAAAUUUUGUACAGAUUUAGUUUGGAUUUUGUAUUUCUACCUGCUGUUAGUUUUCUUUCUUGACUUAAUUGAACUACUUCUCUG